GACCACUCUACUGCUGCUUGGAGCAGGGUUACCCGCUCGAGCUGGACCUCAAGACAACAUCUUCUGGCAAUUAGCUAACUGGACUGCACGAACACACACGAACGAAAGUUGUUAUGUAUGUCAUUUGAUGCCGCCUUCUACUAUUAUUACACGCCCACCUUUGCCACUAUGCUCUGAAGCUUUAUAUUAUGCUUGGGGCCCAAAGGGCCAACCUUUUAAGUUUUGGGGCCCUUUCUGUAAUUACUCUCUGCACCCCUCUGUGGUAGCAAUGUUAAACCAGACUUCUUCAGUAUCUGGCACAGAUACCCCCAACAUUAUACUACAAGAUUCUAUCCUCACUACUUUGCAGUGGUCAGGCGUUUGUGCUCCCAUACGACUCAAGAACGCUAUCACUGCUAUCCAUCCCCUCUCUGCUCAUCGCCCGAAACGAGAUGUCUAUGGUACUUUCCCACCCCUGACACAUCAGCUUACUUCUGAAUGGCACCAUUUCUGGACAUCGCUGUUUCCUCAUUUUGGCGUAUCUGAUCUGUGGAGGGAAGUAGAAAUAACACAUUAUCACUUAGCCAGCUUUGUUAAUGAAACCACUAGAGCUGUAGAUGGUAUUAGGACUGAAUUAACUGCCCUGCAUCUAAUGACUACUCAAAAUCAUAUGGCCCUUGAUAUUUUGUUGGCAGAAAAGGGGGGUGUUUGUGCUAUGGUUGGAGAAAGCUGUUGCACUUUUGUCCCUGCUAAUGAUAACCCAGAUGGCGAAAUUGGUGUAGCCGUACAUCAAAUGAAACAGAUCACUCAACAGCUGGAGCAUGACGAGCAUGGAGACUCAGCAGGGUGGAUGUGGUUUUCUAGAUUGUUUGAAUUCUGCAGGUGGCACAAAGGCAUUGAUCUCGAGAGGUUGACCGUUCCGGCUCUGGAAACCUUUACAGUAUUGCACCGUGCCUUGCCAGAUGGCAGUAGGUACCAUUUUAAUGAUGGUCUUUGGUAUGACCCGACCAUGAGUAGAACUCACAAUCUCCCAAUCGAGAGGCGGACACGCUAACCGCGAGGCCAACUCAUGGUGUUGUUGACCUUAUGUCACACUGCACUGUUUUUGCACUUCAUUUUGUGUUAUGUUAUAUAAUGUUAUGUUAGGUUGUGUU